AAACUGUUGUUGGCUGAUUUGAUACUGUCUUGUUUAUUUUUGUUGACGAGUUAGCAAACUAGCCUUAGAUAGAUAUCAGGUGUGUUAAUAUUCACAUCGUCGAAUAGAUGGUUCAGGUAGGUACCACAGCAGACCAAUUGUGACUGAGGAAAAACCUUGUAAUGGAAACACAUCUCUCUCUCUCUCUCUCUCUCUCUCACACACACAUGUGAAAUGCGUACACACAAUGCCUGUAGAUCACUGAUUUUCUGGAUGCAGUAGUUUUGAUGAGUUGAGCUCAUUUCUGGGUCAGUGCACAAGCUAAGAGCAGGACACUGAAUAGGCCUCUACCUAACAGACAGGGUCAUGCAAAAAAAAGGUAUUGUGUGGCUGCACCUCUCUCUCUCUCUCUCUCUCUUUUUUUUUUCUUUUACAAGCACAUGUGCACACUUUCACAUGCUUUCAACAUCUCACCCUCAGAAAUAGCCAAGCUGUCAAAGACUCUGUUAACCACUGAAGAUCUAUCUGUUAUCUUCCUCCCACAUUACAAACACAGGAAAAGAGAAAACGAGGAAGAAGUGUCACCUUACCUUCUCUGUAAAAGCCGAACAUCAGAGUACCUUAUGGAUUCCCUUCAUGGCACCACAGGAACCCAGUCCUAUUUCCCCGCCCGUUACGUCCUGUUCCAGAAGGAAGCGAGUGGAGUGACGUAUCGCAUACCUGCUCUGAUCUUCUUGCAGCGCACCUCCUGCUUCCUGGCCUUCUGUGAGGAGAGACUCAGUCCUGAUGAUUCCCAGGCCCACCUUCUCGUCAUGCGCAAGGGCGUCUUCUACAGGAACUAUGUAGAGUGGGGUGACAUGCGAGUCCUGAGCACGGCUUGUCUAAAAGGGCACCGUUCAAUGAACCCGUGUCCUGUGUAUGACACCUUCACUGGAACACUCUUCCUCUUCUUCAUUGCAGUGCUCGGUCACACCACAGAGGCAUACCAGCUGGUGACAGGCAUCAAUGUCACUAGGCUCUGUUACGUAUACAGUCAAGACCAUGGGGAGACCUGGAGUCCUGCCACUGACCUCACUAAGAAGGUCAUAGGUGACACAAUUAAAGCCUGGGCUACCUUUGCUCUCGGCCCAGGCCAUGGGAUCCAGUUAAAAUCCGGCCGUCUGCUGAUCCCAGCCUACGCCUACCACAUUGACUGCAAGGAGUGCUUCGGAAAGAUCUGUAAAACCACCCCCCACUCCUUCUGCUUCUACAGCGAUACACAUGGCAGGACGUGGCAUUUCGGCAAAACAGUGCCAGAGCCUGAAUGCCUGGAGUGUCAGCUGGUCUCACUGGACGAAGAGAGUGGGACCAAUGUGCUCUACUGUAACGCCCGCAGUACCCUUGGCUCCCGUGUUCAGGCCCUCAGUUUUGAAGAUGGCACUGCUUUCCAAAGAGGGCAACUGGUGCACAAGCUUGUGGAGCCUAGAAAUGGCUGUCAUGGGAGUGUGAUUGGCUUUCCUGCACCUUUCCACCUCCUCCAGAAGUCCAACUUGGGUGAAGUCCAGCGGAUGAUGUCCACUACUUGCUCACCUUCCACUGCAGCAAGCCAGUUCCAGAAUUUUUUAACACCAACAUGGGUGGUGUAUGGGCACCCAACCUGGACCAAGGCUCGCCGGGAUCUUGGCUUGUACCUCAGCGUGCGGCCCCGUGACCCGGAUAGCUGGAGAGGGCCGUGGGUCAUCUACAAGGGUCCAAGCGCGUACUCAGACCUGGCCUAUGUAGACCUGGCAUCUACAGGGGAACCACCAGUUCCUGUUUUCGCCUGUUUAUUUGAAAAUGGCACAAAGACAGCAUAUGAUGAGAUUUCAUUUUGCACAUUUACAAUGUUUGAGCUUAUUAACAACCUCCCCCCUGCCCUACCACAUCUGAGUAGUACAAAAUCAGCAGAGAAAAAGAGGAGGAGGAAGAAGAGAGUGUGCCAGUUUUGUAGAGUGUGUUAGCAGCAGAAUAUAUGCAAUCUGGUCAGAUAUGCCAUUUGUACCCUAGUACACAAUAAAUCUGGUAACACCUAUUUUAGAAGUAUCACAUUACAAGUUUUAAAAGGUUUUUAAUAUAGAUGUGUAGAUACAGGUUUGUGAAGUAUCGCGGUCAUAUAAGCAAAAACACUUCUGAGUUUAGUCCGACGCCAUUAUUCAGAGCUAGAGAAAGUUCUAGCAAAAAAAAGUGUUUUUUGUAACCGUUUUCACUUCUAUAUAUUUUAAAGCUGUCAAAUUCAAGGCCUGUGGGCCAAACAUGGCUUGCAGCCUUGUUUCAUUCAGCAUGCACAGACAUGAAAAAAACCAAUGCAAAAUAUUAAAACCUCCUGUUACGCAACAUUUUCACGCAGUCUAGAAUUCACUCCAGUUACCCACAUACAGCAGGUAUGAGCUCACAUCUCACAGUGCUGAAACCCUGGAUAAAAUCACUUGCAGUAUGUCCUGCAUCUAAUGCUUGCCAGACCCAUGUCUAAAAAAAUUCAGAAAUGUGUCAGGGAUUGUCUUUAGUGUGAUGCACUGAUUGACUCCAAAAACCCAACAUGCAUCGCCAGUGUAGAAACCUGCACAUACUAUAUGUUGAAAAACAGGUGAUGGAUUGUGAAGACAAGGGAAAUGGGGAAUGAAGGACAUGUAUAUUCUUAGCAGAGAUAAUCUGGUGAGUGUUCUUCUUAAAUCGCUUUAUUAACAAAUUUUUUAUAUUUGGAAAACAGUCAUUAAACAUAAAAAAUACCAUUUAAUCAGUUCAUUAAAUGUUAUCACCUAGGCAUAGUACAGGUGAAUAGUAUCUGUUAUCCCUCCUUUUUCCUAAUAAUGUUAUUAGUAUGUGAUAGAAGAGAUAAUAUGUUUAAAAAAAAACAACUUUACAUUAUGGACCUUAAAAUGAGGAUGUGGCACAGGCAGAAAUUGACUUUGGCAUCCCUGUUUUAAAGGAAUACACCAGCGUUUUUCAGCAUAACCUCUGUCCUUGUGUCUAUACUGUAUGAGUGAUUAGUACAAACUAAAAAUUACAUUUGUUUUCUUGUAAUAAGGAAAGAACUGAAAACCUAUUGAACCUAUAGAAUAGCAAUCUAAGGGCAGUU